UGCAUUUGCAAACAAACGUCAAUAGCCGCCUUUGGCAGCUCAUUUGACAGGUUCUGAUGAACGUGAAAGUCGUGGUGUAAAAUUUUCAGAUUUCCUACGCUAAUUUUGCAGCGAAAAAAAUGUCCAACACAACGCAUCGAUAUCGGUACAAAAAUGUUGGCCUGGACUCAACAGAGAUGCGGCGCCGGCGAGAGGAGGAAGGCAUUCAGCUGCGAAAGCAAAAACGCGAACAACAGCUGAUUAAGCGCCGUAACGUCAACGUGGCCGACGAGAUCGAUCAGGAAGCUAUUCUUUCGGAUGAAACGACAUCGACCGACAAUCGGUCGCUCAUACAGCCGGCCGUCAUCGAGGCAUUGUACAGUGAGAACGUCGAGGAACAGCUGAUCGCCACACAGAAGUUCCGCCGGUUGCUUUCCAAAGAGCCGAACCCUCCCAUCGAUAUGGUGAUCAAAGAAAACAUCGUGCCACGUUUGGUACAGUUUUUGGAAAACUCGCAAAACUCUACGCUACAGUUCGAAGCUGCCUGGGCACUCACAAACAUCGCGUCCGGUACGUCAGAGCAAACGAGCGUGGUGAUAGCGGCCGGUGCCGUGCCAAUCUUUGUCGAUCUUAUGAAAAGCCCCCACGAGGAUGUUCAGGAACAGGCGAUCUGGGCGCUCGGUAACAUUGCCGGUGAUUCGCCCGAAUGUCGGGACUGUGUGCUGGAUCACGAUGUGUUGGAACCUUUGCUAAGCGUCUUGAAUACCUCUCGCCGGCUUACACUAACGCGCAAUGCUGUCUGGGCCCUGUCGAACAUGUGUCGGGGCAAGAACCCGCCGCCCGAUUUCGCGAAGGUCGGGAAAUGCCUUCCCAUCCUUUCACAACUAAUGUUUCACAACGAUGUGGAGGUGCUGGGUGAUGCUGUGUGGGCUGUCAGCUACCUGUCCGACGGUUCGAACGACAACAUCCAGGCCGUCAUAGAUGCGGGCUGCUGUCGGCGUUUGAUCGAGCUUCUUUCGCAUAGCCACAAUAACGUGGUGUCCGCGGCACUUCGGGCCGUUGGCAACAUCGUCACCGGCAACGAUACCCAAACGCAGCUGAUCCUGAACUGCAAUGCCUUACCCUCGAUCCUGGAGCUGCUCAGCUCGCCGAAGGAGGCGGUCCGCAAGGAAGCGUGCUGGACCAUCUCGAACAUUGCGGCCGGCAACCGGAACCAGAUUCAGGCCGCAAUCGAUGUCAACAUCUUCCCGAGUAUCAUCGAGCUGCUGCAGAAGGCGGACUUUAAAACUCGGAAAGAAGCGGCCUGGGCCAUCACGAACGCAACGAGUGGCGGUACGGUUCAGCAGAUCAAGUAUCUGGUUGACGUCGGUUGUAUACCGCCCAUGUGCGAGCUGCUGACCGUGAUGGAUCCGAAAAUAAUUACCGUCGCACUGAACGGGUUGGAAAACAUUCUGAAGGUGGGCGAAGAACAGCGAACCAAACCGAACCCGUACGCCGUCAUGAUCGAGGAAUGUUACGGUCUCGACAAGCUGGAAUUUUUACAAUCGCACCAGAACAAUGAUAUUUACGAGAAGGCAUUUAGCAUAAUCCAAAAGUACUUUAGCAACGACGACGAGGAUUUGGCGGUGGCCCCAAGCACGGAUAACAAUCAGUUUCAGUUCAACGCAGACCAGUCGGUGCCAAUGGAUGGGUUCCAGUUUUAAUGUCCUUCCGUGCCCCAUCCGCCCC